AUGUGUCCUUUGGGAGUGCCGCAAGGAGGUCAGUGGGGAUUCCCAGUGGAGGAGGUGCAAUGCAUGUGUAAGCAAGAUUAUGGGGACAAGGGUUAUGGUGGGAAUGUCCUGUACCAGGAACAUGGACUGCAGGAGGACCCCGACGUGUGGCAGGUCCUGGGGGGUGACAAGGACGACUUCCUUGUUUAUGACCGGUGCGGCCGCCUGGCUUUCCACAUCCAGUUGCCCUUCAGCUUCCUCCACUUCCCCUAUGUGGAGGCAGCCAUCCGCUCCAGCCACGUCAAGGACUUCUGUGGCAACUGCUCCCUCUACCCCAACACUACCCAGGAGGCUAACAGCACCAUGGAGGGCCCUGCCACCCCAAGCUCCCUUCCUGAACAUGAGGGGAUGGAGUCAGAGACCCCGGUCCACCAGCACAAGCCCCUCCAUCCUCACCACCAUCAUGAAGUCAACAGCGAGAGAGACACAAAGCCAAGUGAGGACCACAAACCUGCUACCCAUGCUCACCACCACCACGGAGACCAUGGCCAGCUCCAUCACAAGGAAAAGAAGCAGAAGGAGGGGGAUGAGCAUUAAACCAGGCUGGGCAGCCUUGCAGAACCCA